UGAGGAGAGCGCUGCAGGCGAACUUGGGAAUUGUUGCGCUGCAAGCUCUUAUCUAAAAGGGAUCUCUAUCCUUUGCGAACAAGACAUUUGACCUUCCUCGACAAUCAAGAGUGACGUAAAAAAAAAAGAAGAGGGGAAGAAAGAAGAAGUGGGCUGGCGGAGCGCGAAGUGCAUGCAGCACUUUGGAGGAAACAUCUCAAGUAUAUAGUUGCUGUCGAGCGUGUCAAUUUUGCCGGUGCGUGCUGUCUCUCGUUGCUCCUUUUGGGAUGUUACGUGGGUGACUUUUUCCUUUUUGGGGACUCGCGCAUGUGCACGCAGGUGUGUGACAAGCAGCGACUUUUUUUUUUCUUCUUUCUUCUUCCUACUUCUUUUUCACACGUCAGAGAAUUGAUGACUUUCCCGCCGCUGGUGGCCACAUGUGGACCGCAGGACCCAUCUCGUCUUUGACUCGACUCAACUUUGUGCUCGAAAUAUAUUGGACUACCUCUUCUCAACAUCCUUGUUUCACUUUUUUUGAUUUUUGAAACUUUUUUUUUUGUUCUUACUUGUUGGUCCAGAAAGACAAAAAACAAUGGAACACUCAUUGAUCCGAGUCACGUGCGUCUUGGUGGUUUUCUGUCUGCUUGACAAAAGGGUAGACUCCAAUGAAAUCUUAGGCCUGAAGCUGCCCAACACCGACCCCAUCCUCAACGCCAACACGGUGUGCCUGACGCUACCGGGCUUGACCCGGCGCCAGCUCGGGGUGUGCAUGCGCAACCCGGACGUGACGGCCUCGGCCAUCCAGGGGAUCCAGAUCGCCAUCCACGAGUGCCAGCACCAGUUCCGAGGGCACCGCUGGAACUGUUCCAGCCUGGAGACCAGGAACAAAAUACCCUACGACAGCAUCGUUUUCAAGAGAGGUUUCCGAGAGAGCGCCUUCGCCUACGCCAUCGCGGCGGCGGGUGUGGUGCACGCGGUGGCCAACGCCUGCUCCAUGGGCAAGCUGAAGGCCUGCAGCUGCGACGAGAAGCGACGCGGCGACGAGGAGGCCUUCCGCAUCAAACUGCAACGCUUGCAGCUGGAGGCCAUCAAUCGAGGCAAGGGGAUGGUACACGGCGUCAUGGAGCACUUCCCCGCCGAGCUGCCGGGACCUCAGGACUCCUGGGAGUGGGGCGGCUGCAGUCCCGACGUGGAGUUUGGGGAAAAAUUCUCGCGGGACUUCCUGGACGCCCGCGAGACCAACCGGGACAUCCACGCUCGGAUGAGGCUUCAUAACAACCGAGUCGGCAGACAGGUGGUGCUGGAUCACAUGAGGAGGAAAUGCAAGUGCCACGGGACGUCAGGAAGCUGCCAGCUGAAGACUUGCUGGCAGGUGACUCCCGAGUUCCGGGUGGUGGGUUCCAUCCUGAAAGAGCGCUUCCACACCGCCACCCUCAUCAAGGCCCACAACCGCAACACCGGCCAGCUGGAUCACUCGCACCACAACAACUACAACCAUCACAGCAACCACCAUCAUCACCACCAUCAUCAUCACCAUCACCAUCACGCGCACCGCAGAAGGCCCGGUAUCAACGACCUGGUUUACUUUGAAAAGUCCCCCGAUUUCUGCGAACGGGACCUGGGUUCGGACUCAGCGGGAACUCAGGGUCGCAUCUGCAACAAGACCAGUCCGGGCAUGGACAACUGCGAGAGUUUGUGCUGCGGGCGAGGCCACAACAUCUUGCAGCAGACGCGUAGCGAACGCUGCAACUGUAAGUUUCACUGGUGCUGCUACGUGGUGUGCGAAGAGUGCCGGAUCACCGAGUGGGUCAGCGUGUGCAAAUGAGGACGCAACAGGGGGGGCGGCGGGGCACCCAAAAGAAAACAAUGGGGAGAGAAAAGAAAAAAAAAAAACUUUCAAAGACCCCGUUUGGUUACGAGAAAGAGGCCAAGACUGUCUUUUACGCACCCUCGAGCGGAAAUGCGUGAGGAGUGCCGGGAGCUUCCGUCGGAAGAACAAAAUCAAUUUGCAAGUGCGCACACGCACGACCUGCCCAACGCGGACGUGUUUUUGCAUUUCUUAAGAUACAGUCAGGUAUUGAAAAGCAAUAAACGCAAAAAAAAAAUAAAAAAAAUGCACCACACUAGAGAUAAAAAUAACACCACGAAAGGUUUGCUUCACAGCCACUACUAUUUACAAGAAUCAUACGUCAUAUUUGCGAAUUUGUUGGAGCACAAAGACGUCGGGUGUCAGUGUCGCUAUCGUUUUGGUGUCUUUACGGAUUGCGUUUGAUCAUUCUAGCAAGAAACGAAACUAUCGUGCGCAGCAAAAGAGACCAAAGCAGAAUGCACGACUUGUAGAGCAGGAUUGGAAAGAGGAGUUUUAAUAAUACAAGAUGACAGGCUGCAAUUUCAAGGCCCUGUAACGUGACAAGAAGAAGAGUGCUAAUAGCCAUGAAAUCAUUUGAAUGAUUCAAGAAAAAUACCAAAUAUAGAAAGUGAGGUUCCCCCUCACUCCAUUUCAAGUCUUUCUCACAUUCCCGUGCGUGCACUCACAGCGCACAUCGAGGCACUCUUAAGUGGAAGCACUUAUCCGAAUGUCAAUUUGUUCUUGGCUUUUUAUUUGGAUUCAAUUCCAUGUCGGUCUGGUUGGCGUGCGUGCACUCACAACCAACUCUGGAAAAAAAACAAAAUGGCGGAAAACAGUUUAGCGCCCGUCUUCAAGCGUGUUUGCAAGAAAAUGUCCGAAUUCCCUCGACAAGGUCUUUAAGACAGUCGCGGGCCAGAUCUGAUAAUCUGAUUGCUGCUGCUAUCAGAGCCAAACAACUGGAACCUGCAUUUCCUGCUCUUUUAAUUGAGGAUGGCGAAAUCAAAGCGGGGCUAAUUAGCCGCAGCGCUAUCCUGCGCUAGUCACGCUUUGCCGUUUUGUCAUGCCACGUUAGAUCCGGGAAAAUUAUUUCCAGCAUUACCAAAAGCGACGUUGUAAAUAAAGGCUCGUCACCGCAUCGACACGUUAAAAAUAGCCUUUUGUCUUAGUAGCGACGCUCGUAAGCGCACCUGUGGAUAUUUCGUGUUUCCCAGUCACGCUUUGUGCCCGUGUCGAAAACAAAUCAGGAAUCUUUCUUACUUGCGUUGGCUUUUGCACAAGCACGGCUCGAUCCGAGAGGACUCUGGGAGAACUAUUUGUGUUGUCCGAAAUGUACAGUUUGUGUGUGUUACCUAAGUUAUUAAGUUAAUAUUUGUAAAACAAUAAAGAUUGUCCUGGUAAAAAAAAAAAAAAAGAAAAUGAGGAUGGAAUGACGCCAAAAGGAUGCAAGAGAUUUCUUUGUCACAUUCACAAAUAUCCCGUUCACGUCACAAAAAGUGCUUUUGACACGUUCACUUGUGUUUAGUAGCUUUCACUUUACGCAUUCUAUUCCGAUCCGGCCGUUAUCCAUUUCACUGUUUUUUCCUACUGUGACCCAAAAAAAAAAAAAAA